AUGAACUUCAUAGCCAAGCCUGUGGCUCCACCUUCGGCUGCCCUCGCCCCUGCCGUGGAGGCCAGGGCUGGGGCUGCGGCCAACCCCUUUCUCAAAGGCUUCAACCCUCUGAAGUUCAUCCUGGCCAGGCUGGGAAACCCAGUGGAGCAUCUCGUGGAGGGCUCCAGAAAGUGUGUGGCUGAGCUGGACCCGGAGGCCAUGGGGGCCCUGAAGGCUCUGCUGGUAAUGUGGGCACCCUCCUCGUGCCAGCAGCCCCCUCCAGCCAUCCUCCAGCAGAGUGGAAGUACUUCACGCCUCAAAAUCCUACAAGAGGCAUCUGGGUCCUAUGUCAAGGAAACCUCAUUUCCCACUCCCAGGAGAAGCUAG